AUGAAGGCUUCACUGCAAUUCCGCGGCGUUAGCUAUUGUGUGACUCCGAGGCUGUCACACUCGCGGCGCGUGGGGUGGGUCGCCUCGGCGGCGGCGGCGAAUCCGCGGUGGUUCAAUGCGGCGGUGGAGAAUGCAUGUAGAGGCGGAGGCUUGAGAGCUGAGAGACGGAGGAUGAGGAUCGAGGCUGUGGUGAGGGGAGAGGGAGAGGGAGAGAGAGGUGAGGAAACGGCGGCGUUUAGCUGCGUGAUGAAAUUCGGAGGGUCGUCGGUGGGGACGGCGGAGAGGAUAAGGGAGAUAGCUCAGCUGAUUGUGAGUUUUCCGGAGGAGAAGCCGGUGGUGGUGCUCUCUGCAAUGGGGAAGACUACUAAUAACCUCUUACUUGCUGGGGAGAAGGCGGUCAGUUGCGGUGUUUUGAAUGCCUCUGAAAUCGAAGAACUGAGCAUUGUAAAACAGCUUCAUCUUAAGACUGUUUCUGAACUUGGAGUUGAUCCUUCUGUUAUUACAGGACACUUGGAAGAACUUGGGCAACUGCUGAAGGGAAUAGCGAUGAUGAAAGAGUUGACUCUACGCACAAGAGACUAUCUAGUUUCAUUUGGAGAGUGCAUGUCCACACGAAUCGUUGCAGCUUAUCUGAACAAGAUUGGUGUUAAGGCGCGCCAAUAUGAUGCAUUUGACAUUGGCUUCCUAACAACAGAUGACUUCACCAAUGCUGAAAUCUUGGAGGAAACUUACCCGUCUGUUGCUAAAAGAUUAAAUGAUGACUGGAUUAAGGAUCCUGCAAUUCCCAUUGUUACUGGAUUUCUCGGAAAGGCUUCAAAAUCUUGUGCAGUUACUGCCCUGGGUAGGGGUGGUAGUGAUUUGACAGCCACAGCCAUCGGUAAAGCCCUAGGCUUGCGAGAAGUCCAGGUGUGGAAGGAUGUUGAUGGUGUUUUGACCUGCGAUCCUAGCAUAUGUUCUAAUGCACAACCUGUUCCUCAUUUGACUUUCGAAGAGGCGGCUGAGCUUGCGUAUUUUGGUGCUCAGGUUCUACAUCCGCAAUCUAUGAGACCAGCUAGAGAUGGCGACAUUCCUGUUAGGGUCAAGAACUCUUAUAACCCUAAAGCUCCUGGCACCCUCAUAACUAAAGCAAGAGAUAUGACUAAGGCUGUUCUAACCAGCAUAGUCCUGAAGCAAAAUAUUACUCUGUUGGAUAUUGUCAGCACACGCAUGCUUGGUCAAGUUGGUUUUCUUGCAAAGGUGUUUUCAACCUUUGAAGAUUUGGGCAUAUCUGUGGAUGUUGUUGCAACAAGUGAAGUUAGUUUAUCUUUGACAUUGGAUCCAUCAAAAUUCUGGAGUAGGGAACUGAUUCAGCAGGAACUUGACAAAAUGGAGGAAGAACUUGAAAAAAUUGCAUUCGUAAAUCUUCUGCAGCAGAGGUCAAUCAUCUCACUCAUUGGAAAUGUUCAGUAUUCUUCGUUGAUUCUAGAGAAGGCAUUUCAAGUUCUUCGAACCAAUCAAGUUAAUGUCCAAAUGAUCUCACAAGGGGCAUCUAAGGUGAACAUCUCAUUGAUAGUAAAUGACAGUGAAGCUGAAAUCUGCGUGAAAGCGCUUCACCAUGCCUUCUUUGAAAGCGGUGACCUGUCUGAAUUAGUUUUGGAAGGUGGAAUCGGAAAUGGCGCAGCUUCUUUGCCAGUAGAAACUCGAUGAUGCAGCUCUCAGUUGUCCUUUUUAGAGCCAUGCCCACUGGAAUUCCUCGAAAACCUGUGAAUUCUGUGUAUCAUAUUUUCUUUCAUAAAUGAUCCGAAAACUGUUGAUCGUGACUGCC